CCUUUAAAAGCCUUCGCUUUAGCUGCACACAGGAUACACACACACACACACACGCACACAGGGCUUACACAAUCCAUCCUAUCUUAAACUGGAGCGAUGUGAGGAAACAGAAUGCCAGGAAAGGAAGUGCUGAAGCCAGUGGGAAAGCCAACUUUCUUUGGGACUCACUUCAGGAAACAGCUGAAAACCAAAACAGGAGAAGGCUUUACAUUUUGUUUGGUAAUACCAAAUCAGCUUUGCCUCUGCGGCCGCCCUAAAGUUCUGGACUUUCACAGAAAAAGACAGGACAGGAGGAAAUUCUCGAAAUUCUUCUCUUCACUUCUUUUGGCGUGCCAUCAGCUGCUGCCUCUGAGACUUGCAGGAGCGCAGAUUGUCAGCGUCAACACACAGACAAAAGCAAAAUGAGUCUGUCGCGAAAUGGGACUUUGGAGAAGCCGGUGUGUGAACAGGCCCAGUCUGACUCAGGCUCGCCGUCCAGAGCAGGGUCAGGGGUCGUGGUGCCUCCUCCGUACUCCCCAGGCAGCAGCGAGGCCGCGUACAGCCCUCUGGAGUUAAGGGGCUCUCUGGACUGCUGGGCCUGCUCCGUCCUGGUCACCGCCCAGAACCUGAUCAUAGCACUCAUCAAUGCUGGACUGGCCAGCAUUAUUUUUGGCACCAUCCUCACCCCGGCCCUUGCCAUGAUCAUAUUUGGCUUCAUGUGCCACUCCACGGUGCAGCCUCACGGAACCUCUCUGUAUUGUUCGGACCUGCUGGACGAUGGCGGCUGCGUGGCGCUGCUGGUUGUUGGCUUCCUGCUGCUCACUCCGCUGCUGGUUCUGGCGCUCGCCGCCUACUGCCGCCUGGCUCGACACCUCCAGCUGGGCCUGUGCUUCAUCCCCUACAGCCGCGCCGUCUACAAGGACCUGCCGGCCUCACGCCAGCGGGAGGUCAAUGCAGGCAGCUGCUGCGCCCAACAGGGGGCGUCAGAGAGAGAGGCCAAAGGCAGCAUAUGGGUGUAGGAGAGGAACAUCGAUCACCAAUAACAACAAUUAAUCAUUUUAUUUUUAUAGGUUCAGUGGGUUUAAGGGAACGUGGCUCAUUUCUCUUCACUCAGUUUUUCACUCCUAGAGCUGCUACAUUUAAAAAAAAAAACACUAUAUCUUGUUGUUUUGAUUAUUUUAAAGUCAUAAUGCUUCUUUUUAUACAAGUCUGGUGACUUUUUUAAAAAGUAUCUUUUUACAAUAAAAUGUCACACGACUA